CCCCGCCAAGCCCCGCCCCCUUCGGGGCGUCCCGCCGGGCUGUUCCGAGUCCGUCUCACCCGACAGCCCAACCGUCUCCAGUGCGGGGGUGUCCGAACGCAGUGUCUCAACCAGAGGCCCCAGGCCGCAUGUUUCAAUUCCUAUCGGUGCUUGAAGACCCGGCCCAGGUGCUCCGGGGUACAGAGCUGCAGCACCUGCGACAUGUGGUGGAGCCUGGGCCUUGGCAAGAAGACACAGCAGAUGCUGAGGAGUGUGCAGGGCGUUGUGGGUCCCUACUGGACUGCAGGGCCUUCCACUACAAUGUGAGCAGCCAGGGUUGCCAAUUGCUGCCAUGGACACAGCACUCGCCUCAUACACGACUGCAGCGUUCAGGAGGCUGUGACCUCUUCCAAAAGAAAGACUAUGUGCGGACCUGCAUCAUGGACAGUGGCGUGCAUUACCGGGGGACGGUAGCCGUCACCACAGGGGGCCUGCCCUGCCAGCACUGGAACCACAAGUUUCCCAAUGACCACAAGUACACACCCACACCCCGGAAUGGCUUGGAGGAAAAUUUCUGCCGCAACCCUGACAGGGACCCCGGAGGCCCAUGGUGUUACACCAUGAACUCUGCUGUGCGCUUCCAGAGUUGUGGCAUCAAGUCCUGUUGGGAUGCUGCCUGCCUUCGAUGCAAUGGUGAAGACUACCGUGGAGCAGUAGACCGCACUGAGUCAGGACGGGAGUGUCAGCGCUGGGACCUGCAGCACCCGCACCCACACCCCUUCGAACCCAGCAAGUUCCUGGACAAACACCUGGAUGAUAACUACUGCCGGAAUCCUGACGGCUCCGAAAGGCCCUGGUGCUAUACCACCGACCCAAAGCUCGAACGAGAGUUCUGCAACAUCCCCCGUUGCGGGUCGGAGGCACAGUCGCACCAAGAGGCCACAACGCUCAGUUGCUUUCGUGGAAAGGGCGAAGGCUACCGAGGCACGGCCAACACCACGGCUGCGGGCGUGCCCUGCCAGCGUUGGGAUGCACAGCACCCACAUCAGCAUCGCUUUGUUCCAGAAAAAUACGCAUGCAAGGACCUUCGGGAGAACUUCUGCCGGAAUCCUGACGGCUCAGAGGCGCCCUGGUGCUUCACAACACGGCCAGGCAUGCGCGUGGCCUUCUGCUACCAGAUCCGGCGCUGCCAGGACGAUGUGCAGCCAGAGGACUGCUACUAUGGCACGGGGGAGCAAUACCGUGGCUCAGUCAGCAAGACCCGCAAGGGUGUCCCAUGCCAGCACUGGUCCACAAAGACGCCACACAAGCCACAGUUCACUCCCGCCUCUGCCCCCCAUGCUCAACUGGAGGAGAACUUCUGCCGGAACCCUGAUGGGGACAGCCAUGGGCCCUGGUGCUACACUACAGACCCCCACACACCGUUUGACUACUGUGCACUGAGGCGCUGUGAUGGUGACCAGCCACCAUCCAUCCUGGAGCACCCAGACCAGGUGCUGUUUGAGAAAUGUGGCAAGAGAGUGGCUCGCCAGAACCAGGGGCGCUUCCGGCUGCGUGUGGUAGGGGGCCAGCCUGGGAAUUCACCCUGGACAGUCAGCUUGCGCAACCGGCAGGGCCAGCAUUUCUGUGGGGGAUCCCUGGUGAAGGAGCAGUGGGUACUGACGGCUCGGCAGUGCUUUUCCUCCUGCCAUGUGCCUCUCGUGGGCUAUGAGGUGUGGCUGGGCACCCUGUUUCAGAACCCACAGCCUGGGGAGCCAGACCUGCAGCAGGUCCCAGUGGUCAAGAUGGUGUGUGGGCCGUCAGGCUCCCAGCUAGUUCUGCUCAAGCUGGAGAGACCCGUGACUCUGAACCAGCGUGUGGCCCUGAUCUGCUUGCCCCCUGAACGGUAUGUGGUGCCUCCAGGGACCAAGUGUGAGAUCGCAGGCUGGGGCGAGACCAAAGGUACAGGUGACAACAAGGUCCUAAAUGUGGCCUCACUGAAUGUCAUCUCCAACCAAGAAUGCAACAUCAAGCACCGGGGACGGGUACGCGAGAGUGAGAUGUGCACUGAAGGGCUGAUGGCCCCUGUGGGGGCCUGUGAGGGUGACUACGGGGGCCCACUUGCCUGCUUCACUCAUGACUGCUGGGUCCUGGAGGGAAUUAUAAUCCCCAACCGAGUGUGUGCACGGCCCCGCUGGCCAGCCAUCUUUAUUCGUGUCUCAGUGUUUACAAACUGGAUUCACAAGGUCAUGAAGCUGGACUAGUGUGGCCUCAACUUCAUGGGCCUUGGGGAGAAUGACGUUUCCUGCCUGACAUAAAGCCACCUUUCCUCCUUCUGCCUGUGCUGGGUGCUUCUUAA